AUGCGUUCCUGGGAACAGGAGGAUAUCCGAGGUCCUGAUAUCCAGACUAUUGGCAAGGCCCUUGGUGCAGGAUUCGUGCCUCUGUCCGGUGUCUUGCUCCACGAGAAGAUAUUUCAAGCUCUGUCUGCCGGAUCUGGUGGAUUAGCUCAUGGCCAUACUUUCCAGGCCCACCCUCUCGCUUGUGCCACGGCAAUUGCAGCACAAAAUAUUCUCCAACGCGACAACCUGCUCCAGCAGGUUGUCCUUCUGGGUAAGAAGCUGGAAGCUCUGCUCCAGAGCGAGAUCGGUCCUCUUCCUUUGGUGGGAGACAUCCGCGGCCGUGGUCUCUUCUGGGCAGUCGCGUUUGUGUUCGACAGGAAGAGCAAGACGGCCUUUUCCCUCGAGGCCACUUUCUCCAACAAGGUUGUUGCCAAUGCUCUCAAGCGGGCUGUAAAUAUCCUUGGAAAUUUGGGUCAUACUGGCACAUACCAGGUUGAUCAUAUUCUCGUUUGCCCGCCGUAUAUUACGACCGAGGAAGAGCUUGAGAAGAUUGUGGCAGUUGUGAAGGAUGCAAUUGUUGAGACAAGCCAGCCUUUCAUUGAGUCUCACAAUAUAUAUGUAUCGAAAGUGCAGAGAGAAAAUGAUACCGACUGA